AUGGCUACUCGCGAAGUCCUCUCCUCCCGGACGGAAACCGUCAACAAGUACAUGAAGCUUGACCAGAAGGGCAAGAUCAUGGCCGAGUACGUCUGGGUCGACGCUGUCGGCGAGACUCGCUCAAAAUCCAGGACCCUCCCCGAGCAGGAGUACAAGCCCGAGGAUCUCCCCGUCUGGAACUUUGACGGCUCCUCCACCGACCAGGCCCCCGGCGAGAACUCGGACGUCUACCUCCGCCCCUGCGCCGUCUACCCUGACCCGUUCCGCGGCUCGCCCAACAUCAUCGUCCUGGCCGAGUGCUGGUCAGCCGACGGCGUCCCCAACAAGACCAACUUCCGCCAUGACUGCGCCAAGGUCAUGGAGGCGUACGCCGACCACGAGCCGUGGUUCGGCCUCGAGCAGGAGUACACUUUCCUCGACCACGACGACCGGCCUUUCGGCUGGCCCAGCGGUGGCUUCCCCGCUCCUCAGGGCCCCUACUACUGCGGUGUCGGCAGCGGCAAGGUCGUCCUCCGUGACGUCGUAGAGUCGCACUACAAGGCCUGCCUGUACGCCGGCGUCAACAUCUCUGGCACCAACGCCGAGGUCAUGCCCGGCCAGUGGGAGUUCCAGGUCGGCCCCUGCGAGGGCAUUCAGAUGGGUGACCAGCUUUGGAUCGCCCGAUUCUUCCUCGCCCGCGUCGCCGAGGACUUUGGCGUCAAGGUCUCGUGGCACCCCAAGCCCAUCCGCGGCGACUGGAACGGCCAGGGCCUGCACUCCAACUUCUCCACCAAGGAGAUGCGCGUCGAGGGCGGCAUGAAGCACAUCGAGGACGCCCUCAAGAAGCUCGAGCCCCACCACGUCGAGUGCAUCAAGGAGUACGGCGAGGACAACGACCAGCGCCUGACGGGCCGCCACGAGACGGGCUCCAUCGAGCAGUUCACCUACGGCGUCGCCAACCGCGGCACCUCGAUCCGCAUUCCCCGGGAAACCGCCGCCAAGGGCUACGGUUACUUCGAGGACCGCCGACCCGCCUCCAACGCCGACCCGUACCGCGUCACCAAGAUCCUGAUGACGUCCAUCUUUGGCCAGCUGUAA